CCUCGUCCCAUGAAUUGCUGGAUGCUUUACAGAGACGAGAAACACAGGGAGCUCAAGGCGAAAAACCCUAAUCUCACCGUACAGCAGAUCUCUACAAUUUGCUCAGAGGGCUGGAGGAAAUUGUCCGCUGCCGAAAAGGAUCACUACAGAUCUCAAGCUAAGCUGGCAAAGGAACUUCAUCAGCGAGAGUUCCCUAACUACAAGUACACCCCUCGC